AUGGACAAUCACAAUCUAACAAUGUUAAAUGAAUUCAUUCUAAUGGGGAUCACGGACCUCCCAGGGCUGCAGGCUCCAUUAUUUGGGCUCUUCCUCAUUGUUUACACAGUCUCCUUGGUGGGAAACCUGGGCUUGAUUAUCCUCACCAAGAUAGACUCCAGGCUACAAACACCCAUGUACUUUUUCCUGAGACACUUGGCUUUCACUGAUCUUGGUUACUCAACAACUAUAGGACCUAAAAUGCUAGUAAAUUUAGCUGUCAAUCAACAUACAAUCUCUUAUAAUUGGUGUGCUACCCAACUCACUUUCUUCAGUAUGUUUAUCACCAGUGAAGUUUUUAUUUUGUCAGCAAUGGCCUAUGAUCGCUAUGUGGCCAUCUGUAACCCUCUACUCUACACAGUCAUCAUGUCACAAAGAUUAUGUCACUUGCUGGUGGCAAUACCCUAUCUAUACAGUGUCUUUUUGUCUUUGCUGGCUGUCCUUAAAAUUUUUAUUUCAUCCUUUUGUGGCUAUAAUGUCAUCAGGCAUUUCUACUGUGAUAGUCUGCCAUUGAUAUCUUUGCUCUGCUCAGACACACAUGAAAUCAAAUUGAUCAUUCUGAGUUUUGCAGCUUUUAAUCUAGUUUCAUCUCUUCUGAUAGUCCUUGUGUCCUACAAUCUGAUCCUGGUUGCCAUCCUCAGGAUGAAUUCUGCAGAGGGCAGGCACAAGGCUUUCUCUACCUGUGGAUCUCACCUGACGGUCAUAGUCAUAUUCUAUGGUACCUUAUUCUUUAUGUAUGUGCAGCCCAAGUCCAGUCAUUCAUUUGAUACUGACAAAAUGGCCUCUUUAUUUUACACUUUGGUCAUACCCAUGCUGAAUCCCUUGAUUUACAGUUUGAGGAACAAGGAGGUGAAGAAUGCCUUAACUAGAACCUGGAACAUGUGUGCAAACAUUCUGUUGAAAAUUCACUGUAAGAUAUGGUAG